CUUACAUAAAAGGAGAGGAAGAAAACGUUUUCUCGUUUCUUCACAAAAAAUCUUCACUGGACAAGUCUCGGAAUCUGUAUUAUUUAAGGCUCUGCUGUACUUCAAUCAAUACUAUUUAACAUCAACACAUUCUUCUUUGCUGGGAAUCAGGAACAGUAAGAUCCGUUUUAUUCUGGUAAAAUGUUUAGCAGAAGUUCAGUGGAUAACAAAACAGGAAACAGGUGAUGAAAUCCGGCUGCCUGCUGCCUACGCAUCCAUAAAAAAGAAAAAAGGAUUUGAAGAGGGAGAAAAUAAAAUGCCCACAUUCCUGCUACUUGUUGAUAAGCUCUAAUCCUGGUUUACUUUCAACAUUGAGAAAAAGGCCCUGGCUAAUGACCAACGACCAAUCAAAAACCUUCACCUCUUAAAAUCUAACGGCUCAAAAUCCACAACAGAAAAAUAAACAUAAGACAAACUAAAAUCAACCUCACUAUUUAUAAUUCAUACCCACCCACCACGAACAUGUCUGUCACCGCCCCGACUCCUGUGGGUCGGUGCCCACCUAUCGGAAUACGCCUGGAAGGCAUCAUCCUGCCGCCUAUCCUCACCCUAGACGUUAUACUAGGGCUUCUAGGAAAUGUCAUUGCCUUUUGGAUCUUCUGCUGGAAGCUCAAAAGCUGGAAUCCCAAUGCGCUGUUCCUCUUCAACCUUGUAAUCGCCGACUUCUUCGUGCUGGUGAGCUUGCCACUGAGGAUCGAUGCCUUGCUCAGGGGUUACUGGGUUUUCGGUGACGGCCUGUGCCGGAUUAACCUCUUCCUGAUGUUCACCAACCGCUCGGCCAGUAUCGGCCUCAUGACGGUUGUGGCGAUCUACCGCUACUUUAAGGUGGUGCACCCACACCACCGCUUCAACCGCAUGACCAAGAGGCAGGCCUGGUACGCGGUGGCCUUCCUGUGGCUGCUAGUCAUCGCUCCGCGGGUUCCUAUGCUGGCGUUCAGCCAUAUCAAGGGCGAAGGCAACCAGACCCAGUGUUUCUUCUUCACGUCCUACGGGGAGGCGUCGUGGGCCAUCCUUGUCCUGGUGCGCAUGCACCGCAUCCUGUCGGUGCUGGAGUUCCUCGUGCCCCUGGCCAUGCUGCUCUUCUGCUCGGCGCGCAUCUUCAGCGUCCUGAAGCGUCGGCAGAUGGACAAGGCGCAGAACGUGCGGCGGGCCAUGCGCGCGUGCACGGCGAUCGUGGUCGUGUUUGCCGUCUGCUUCCUGCCCGGCACGGUGACCACGCUGGGGCUGUGGGUCAUAGGCGCACAACGCCCGAUCGACUGCGCCUCCUUCUACGCCUUCACCCAGCUCACCGUUGUGUCGUUCGGCCUCACCUUCCUCAACUCGGCGCUGGACCCCGUCAUCUACUGCUUCUCCAGCUCCAUGUUCCGCAACGCCCUGGUGGGCGCGCUGCCGAAGGCGCUGAGCGGCGGCGGCUGCUGUGGCGGCGCGGGGGACAGGGGAGAGGGGGCAGCGGUGGGGACGUCGUCUGAAACGCAGUCCACCGCGCAGCAGGAACUCCAACCCCUCCCGACCGAGAAGGCGACCGAGGCGACGGAAUGAACAUUGAUGACAGCAAUAGUACAGCAUAUAUAAGUUAGGCCUUUAUUGUUAGCAUUAACUGCCUUCAACUGUAUUCACUUUUAUUACGCAAAUAUGUGUCCCUUUGUGCCAAUACUAUUUUCCUUCAAUAGAGGAGGCUGCAGUUUUAGGACUGCUGUACAAUUGACCGCAUUUCUAGGGCCCUAUACAUUUAUGUAUUCACAGUGUUUUUGUCGAUACCCUUUGUUCAUGUCAAUUCUGGGCCAUAGAUACUUAUCUACUGUAACCAGGUCUACAGAAAGUUUGGUGCCAAAAUCCUAUUUGGAGCGCUAUUCAAGUUUCAGUUAAACGCAUGGCUUGGCCGACCUGAUGAAUGAACAUUUCUGAAACUUGACAUGCACCUAUGACACUCCUGAACACGUGUGUGUGUGUGUGUGUGUGUGUGUGUGUGUGUGUGUGUGUGUGUGUGUGUGUGUGUGUGUGUGUGUGUGUGUGUGUGUGUGUGUGUGUGUGUGUGUGUGUGCGCGUGUGUGUGUGUGUGUGUCGAUAGCUCCAAAAAUAUAUAUGGUUUUCUUUUCCAUUUCCAUCGCAAGUCCGCGUAAGAAGGUGGCUUGAACUUGAAAACUGCCAGAUAGGCUACAUAGAGGACCCCUCCCUUAACAUUUGUACAUAGUGUGUGUGUGUGUGUGUGUGUGUGUGUGUGUGUGUGUGUGUGUGUGUGUGUGUGUGUGUGUGUGUGUGUGUGUGUGUGUGUGUGUGUGUGUGUGUGUGCGUGCGUGCAUGAAUAACACAUAUGGUUAGACGUGACUAAAUUCAGGUAUUUGGUUAGCUACGUGGGUGAUCAUAUUUUCAUGAUUUCCUUUUUGAGUUCCUUGUGAGAUUCCCAGGGUCCUAGAAAUGUGAAACUGUGGCCCUUGGACUGCGGUCUUGAAACUGCACCCUCCUCUAUAGCAGGAACUUACUCCUUGGGCAGCUUGCUGCAUUUUCCCACUGUUUCCACUGCAUUGUUCCAUUCAAUAAAGCUGUGAUUUUUACAUUUUUUAUCUCCGAAUUUUGCAUAAUACAUUCAAGAUUAAUUUGUAAUUUGAUUUUAUUUGAAAGAAGAUUUUAAUUAGAUCGUGCAUGAUUCUAUAUUUGUGCGCAUGCAAUUACAUAUUCCUUUAUCGAAAACAAAUUAAAGUAGACGUAGAGGAAUUUUAAAUUUA